ACCGGCAUCGGCAGUAGCCUGCACCGCAUUAAGCGAUGGAUCUACUCAUAGCGAACGUCGAUACUUGGACAUUUAAGAUAGAGAAAGAUCUAAACGAACAGUAUGGAGCCCUUCCGCUGCCUUUCCCCGGCAUGGAUAAAUCCACCUCGGCUGUGUGCUUAUUUUUCAACGCCUCCGACGGGACGGAAUGUAAAAAAGGCAAUGCGUGCCCGUUUCGACACAUCCGCGGUGAUCGAACGAUCGUGUGUAAACAUUGGCUGCGCGGUUUGUGUAAAAAAGGCGACCAAUGCGAGUUCCUGCACGAGUACGACAUGACCAAGAUGCCGGAGUGCUAUUUCUACUCGCGAUUCAAUGCCUGCCACAACAAGGAAUGUCCCUUUCUGCACAUCGAUCCGGAGAGCAAAAUCAAGGAUUGUCCAUGGUACGAUCGCGGAUUUUGCAGACACGGUCCCAACUGCCGGCACCGGCACGUCCGGCGAGUGCUGUGUAACAACUAUCUGGCCGGAUUCUGCCCUGACGGACCGGAAUGCAAGUACAUGCAUCCACGGUUCGAGCUACCACCUCCUCCAGAGAUUAAGGAUCAAACGCCAAAACGUCCCACUACCUGCCACUACUGUGGAGAAGUGGGCCACAAGGCAUCCUAUUGUCCUAAAAUGCCUCAAGAGCAACGGGAAGCGACACAACGCAUGGAGGACGCCAAGUAUCGUGCUCUCGGUUACUACAAGCACCGGAUUCAUCAGGAAGGAGCGAAUAAUGCCGGAGGAGAGGAGGGAGGAGCAGCAACCUUUAUGCCUCAAAAACCACCACCGCGACCGUUGGAGGAAAUCACGUGCUUCCGAUGUGGUAUCAAAGGUCACUACGCCAACAAGUGCAUGAAAGGGCCGUUGGCGUUCCUCUCCAACAAUGUACAAAGAAAGUAGGUUAUUCUUCAUUUCUCCCUCAUCCUGACCCAUUUCUUUUCUUUCCUUCCUCGCAUAAGUUCAUCAGACGUACAAGUGAAAUUCAGAA